UUCAUACUAAGACGUUGACAUAUCAAUGCCGUCCACACAUAUAUAAAUACUUAUGUAUAUACACACAAAGCCAUCAAGAUAAGACAGACACUUCGCUUCAAUUCAUUUUUGUUGUGUAUUACAAGAAACUUGUGAUCGCCAUGGAAGCUACUUCACAGCCAUGUUUCUCUCAGAACUACCACAACACCUCACUCCAUUCGAUCCGUAAGCAACCGGCAAAGCCUUGCAAAAAAACUGUAACAGGUUUGGCUCAGCGGAUGCAUCCUAAAGUUUACAGAGUCGAGCCUGUUAACUUCAAGGAGUUGGUUCAGAGGCUAACUGGUGCACAAGACCAUGAGCCAGAGGUGAAUCAAGUUGAGUCUAAGCCACUCAAGGUUACCGAUGACACUAUAACAGCUAAAGACAAUCCUUUCGCGUUUGAUCUGUCACCUUCAUCAGCUCGGUUUUGGGAAGCUUUCCCUCUUCUCAGUCCUGCAAAUCUUUCAAGAUGGUAGCAAGAACACAAAAAGCUUCCUUUGAUAUUGUAAUUCUUGCCAUGUUUUCGGCAAUUCUUGAUGUUGUUUCCGAAGAAUUAGACCUGUAGUGACUUUUUUAACGAUCUUUUAUCUAUAAAUACAAAAGGUUACUGUUACA